UGUCUUGUUUAUUUUUUCUCUUACGCACGUGGGUUGUCAAAUACAUGUAGACCUGCGAUACCGGCGUACUUUAAUACUUUAGUACAGUUAAACCUCGAGUCUUCGACCGACCUCCAUUAUUACAAGUCCACGGUAAAGGUAGACAAUGGAAGAAGGACAGCGAAUUCUUGCUCAGUUUGUGAGUGAAAAAGGAGAGGCUGCAGGAGCUCCUUUUGAUCUACCUCUAGAUGUCUCAACAGAAAAACUACAGUUGAUAUGCAAUGCAAUUCUUCAACAGGAAGAUACAGUACCAUAUGCAUUCUAUGUCGAUGAGAAGGAGAUCACAUCCACUCUUUCAGAGAGUCUAAGUAAGGAGGAUCAGGAGACAGAGCAAGUGCUCUCAAUCGUCUAUCAACCUCAGGCUCUGUUUAAAGUAAGAGCAGUCACCCGAUGUACAAGCACCAUAGAAGGACACGCAGAAGCAGUGAUAUCAGUAGCAUUCAGUCCAGAUGGAAGAUAUUUGGCAAGUGGCUCUGGAGAUACAACUGUCAGGUUCUGGGAUGUAACAACUGAAACACCACAUCACACCUGUAAAGGGCAUAAGCACUGGGUGCUGUGCAUAGCUUGGUCUCCUGAUGGUAGACGGCUAGCUUCAGGCUGUAAGAAUAGUCAGAUCAUUGUGUGGAAUCCAGAGACAGGUAAACAAGAAGGGAAGGUAUUAACGGGACAUAAACAAUGGAUAACAUGGUUGGCAUGGCAACCAUUUCAUCUCAAUCAUGAGUGUAGACAUCUUGCAUCAGCAUCCAAGGACGGAAAUAUAAAAAUUUGGGAUGUUGUUCGAGGUGCUUGCUUACGAACACUGUCCGGUCAUCUUCAAUCUGUAACGUGCAUUCGAUGGGGUGGGACUGAUCUCAUCUAUUCAGCCAGUCAAGAUAGAACAGUCAAAGUAUGGAGAGCUUCGGAUGGUAUCUUAUGUAGGACAUUACAAGGUCACGGGCAUUGGGUGAAUACCAUGGCUCUGAGUACAGACUAUGUGAUGAGAACUAGCUGGUUUGAUCCUGUGCAAGCUACCAUCAAUUACCAACGCAUCAGCCAAUCAGCUGAAGAACUGUCGAAGAUUGCUCAGGAUAGAUAUGAUACAGUGAAGGGAUCUGAACCAGAGCGCUUGGUGACAGGCUCGGAUGAUUUCACUCUGUUUCUAUGGCAACCAGAAAAAGAGAAAACAUCUGUUGCUAGGAUGACGGGUCAUAUGCAACUUAUUAAUGAUGUAGCCUUCUCUCCAGACACUAGGCUUGUAGCCAGCGCAUCAUUUGACAAGUCCAUCAAGUUAUGGAAUGGACACACGGGCAAGUUUAUCACUACUCUGAGAGGACAUGUCAGUAAAGUUUAUCAGGUGUCGUGGUCAUCUGACAGUCGUUUACUAUGCAGUGGGAGCUCUGAUAGUACUCUUAAAGUAUGGGAUGUGAAGACCAAUAAGAUGAGCGGAGAUCUGCCCGGUCAUGCUGACGAGGUCUACGCUGUGGAUUGGAGUCCCGAUGGGCAGAGGGUCGCUAGUGGAGGAAAGGACAAAGUACUCAAGAUAUGGAGAAGAUAACGUCAGCUAGAAAGAGCAAGUUCUGUGAUACUUGAGUCAUUCCAUCUUUGAUAGGACUGACACAGAGUGCUCAGUAUUUAUCACCAAGGAAGGGAGUGAACAUGCUAGAGAGAGAAAGAGGCUGGCUACCCCCGCUUCAAAAUCAGUCGGUGUGUUUGACCAGGAAAGAUCUGUCUAGUAGAUUCAUGGUGAUCAACAAUGAUCAGUGCUUUCCCUUCAGUCUAGAGAAGAUUUCUAGACAGUUUAGUGGAUAUAAAUAGUAAAGGAGAGAUAGCCUGGUGAGUUCAUCAUGUUAUAGAUACAUCAGGAGUGUUCCCUCAUUAAAUGUUAAAGUGAUAUCCGACGUUGCAUUGAAAUAAUGCAAAAUCAGAAAAGGGCAUAAAAGUUGACAGUUAAAACUUAAAUAUUUCUCCAGGAAUGACAAUAAUCAAGACCAGUUUUCUAGCAUUUGUGCUUCAUCCAUUUUGCCAAUACUAUUAUGAUUAUGACGGUAAAGGAGAGCCAAGAAACACAAUAUUUUAACACACUUACAAAACUUGAAUCAAAUUAUUAGUUGAACAUUUGAUACCAAACUCUGGGAAGUAAGAGAAUAAAUUUGCAUUUACCAAAUCCAUGUUCAGGAUGGCGGAAUGGUUGCUUCCCUGCUGUCCAGUUUAUAUUACCAAUAUAUGUUUCUGUUUGUACAAUAUCAUUUCACUGUUCUUUUUUUUAAAACAGUAAUCUACUAAAUUAUUCAUACCCUUACCAAGUUUUUCUAAAUUUUUAAGUUUCUUUGUAAAAAUGAGAUUUCCUUGAUUUCUUUUAAUGAGAAUGUGACAUACUAAAGUUUACAUCAAAAAGUAGUCAUCCUGUCCAUCUUCCGUCCUUGAGAUAUGCAAAACAAAAAUAAAACAUCAAAUUGACAGGGGUUAUGAAUAAUUUAGUUGUUAACUGCAUAUCUAGUGUCAUGAUGACCCAAAAAGAAGUAUGAAAUAUAUGCUUAAAAGUGUAUUUCUUUAUAUUAUUAAAUCUUACCCUAUAGCUGUUGUAAAGCAUGUAAUCAAUGAUAUACAUGUAGUUACCCUGUUCACAUAGAAGUAGGUAUCAAAGUCCAGCUAUUUAUUUCACAAUAUCUAUUGAUUAUUACUAUUUCUUAUGAAGCACUUUACCGGUUUUAAUGUAACCGACCAAAGCGCUUAUAGUAUUAUUAUUACCCUGAUCACUGGAUUCAAUUACAAUCCUGAACUUUAAAGUGCAUACUCUACACUCUACUUUGAGAAACAAGUAAUUUCCAAAGGAGACAAAAAGUCUGUCUAAAUAAGUGCCACUAACUUACAAUUUAUGGAUAUAUAACUAAUCAUUAAAAAAUAAAGAAAUAACAAGUCACAUGCAACUUCUUUGCUGUAAACCAGUGGAAUUUGUUACUUAUUACAUGCAUUUUUUUAAAAUGUAUUAUUUCUCGGGAACUUGCAUGUUUCAAUUUUUUUAGAAUAGAUGUAGUGAAAUUAAAGAGAGUAGGUAACACACAAAAAAAA